GGAAACCACAUUUCUGUGACGUCGCGGAAGGCCCCCUACUGUUGUACAAAAAGGAAAAAAGAAGAGGGGAUGUGUCAGUGACAACGUUGUACUGAAAAACAGCAAUGGAGGUGAAACUGAAGCUUGGCAUCUUCUUGGCACUGACACAUGUCUCGCUCGCUGUUUGGCAACGAGUGACUGUGAUGAAGGGUCAGACUGUAAGGCUUGCCUGCUCAAUUUCAAACGCACAUAAGCAACACAUUGACUGGAAGAACCCUGAUGGCUACACUAUGUUCUUCAAUCACAACAAGGCUUUACAGGACAUGCGUUACAGCAUAAGUAAACUGACGGAGUCGCAAUUCUCCAUCAACAUUUCCAAUGUCUCUUUUAAAGACGGGGGAAACUACACAUGCUCUCAGUAUGGCCAUCACAUAACAGAAAAGAAAGUGGAAUUGACAGUGUUAGGAUGUUCUCACAACUUGUCAUCUGUUGCCGAUCCCUCUAAAGGUGUUCCAAAAAUGAGAGUGACAAAGCAUAAUGGGGCAUUUGUCAUACAGUGUACUGCUGAAGGGAACCAUUUUCCUCCUCAAAUCUCUUGGAAGUUUGAUUACGGACCUGAAUUUUUGGGUAAUGCCCAAGUGAAAUACGAGGGUAAAAAGUAUGUUUCCAUGGAUAUGGUACAUUUGCAGUCAGUUAAUACCAGAAGUGCAGUGAAAUGCAUUGUUCGCCAUCCAUGUCUGCAUUUACAACCCCUGAUGAACUUUGUCAAAAUUGGAAAAUACUUACCAGGUUCGACUACCACAAAAAAUCUAAUUAAAUGGAAUACAAGCACACCGGGUACCGUAGUCACUGUUUGUAAAGAUCAAAAUACAUCUUCCUCUGAGGGAGCCUAUAACAACACAAAUGGAAAUACAACAAUUGUGUCCAUUGACCCGGAUAUGCAAACAGGACAUAGACAAACUUCACCAUUACUGAUCUUCUUGGUGGCAUGCCUUAUUCUUGGUCUGCUUGCAGUGGUCAUUUGUUUUGUCCUGAAGCUAAGAAGAGCACAUAUCACCUGGGAAAAAGAAAAUGAAAUAUCUGACCCUUCAGAAGAGAGCGGUAAAUCAAAAUCAAGUCAAGAAGAAAAAGUAACCAGGGGUCACUAUCGACGAGGGCUCUUCAGGACAGCUUUUACACAAUAUGCUGUUGAAAAAGCCACCAUAACUUCAAAAGGACCAGUCAUUGAGAUGGCAGUUGAGAAAGAGGCGGCGUCUUCAUCAUCAAACCCCACUUCGGCCAAAUGUGACAUGCAGGACACAGAGCUUCCACCAUGACGUGCACAGUCACCAUCCUCAGAACCAGUCAAAUUGUACAUUAGCUUAGCAUUAAUUAUUGGCAGAUUGCAAGUACAUUAAAAGUAAGUAUUGUUGUAUUAUCUUUAUGUUUAGCAGACACACUGUGGGUUUAUACAAUAAAUACAUACUGGCAAAGGAAAGGGUCCAGUAUUUACUGCGACCCGCCCAGUGUUACUUUUCAAAAAAGUAUAUUAAAUAUACUUGUUAAAUAAAACCUGCUUUGUUUUCAAUGAAUACUUUGGCCCACUAUGCUGCCAUAUUUAGAUGGUGGUAAUUAAAGAGUCAAGUGUUUUCUGAAGUGGUAAUUGGUGAAAAUGUUUGAGAACCACUGCUCUAAUGUAUAGAAACUGAACAAGUCUGCUUAAAAGUUGACAACGGGACUGUCCAAUCAAGUUAAUUUUCAAUGAAUUAUUGACUUAUUUUGAUCACCUUUAACAGCAUUCAUGUAUACAGGAGAAACUCAAAAAAAUGUGAAUAUCGUGCAAAGUUUGUUUAUUCCAGCAGUUAUAUUUACGAGAUGAACAUUGCAUGCAAUGAGUUUAGGUCACAUCAAGUCAAUCAGGGCAUCACAGUUAAUGCUCCUGAACAGGAUAAACUGUGUGAAUGAACCUGAAAGUGGCCAUACUCUAUAAUACUCUGUAGAAAAUAAAUUGUUUUUCCAAGUUACAAUGUUUUAUGUUUAUAUUUUUGAAUAAAUUUGAAGAUCUGUCACGUUCUGUGUGACUGUU